AUGCCUGGAAUUCCAAAGUCGAGGGGCUGCCAAAUUUGCAAGCAGAGAAAGAUCAAAGUAUGCGACGAGACUUGGCCAUCUUGCGAACAAUGCAAGCAGCGCAGACUUGAAUGCCCAGGACCUACUCAGCUCGUCAAGUUCAUUAACAAUGCUUCACACAGUGAAAAUCCAGACGAGCCACGGGCCGAAUUUUCAGUAAUAGACCCCAUGAGAACACCGUGCAGCAGUCCUAGCCCGUCUUUGAGGUUGCGCAAGGUAUACUAUUCAAAGGUUGGGGACGAUUCAGCAGAAUACGGCCUGCUGCUUCAAGUCGGGCUCCCCAGAAGCAACCCCACAACCCUCGCGGACCGAAUCAGCGUCCGUCUCGUCGCCAGCAUGGAUCAUGGUUCUGAGGGGCUAAUAAGCGUCCACAUGAGCUACCUUCCUGAGCUUCCGCGACGCCUGGGCUCGAGCGCCUGUUUGCGUGACUCAGUGGACCUCUUUUGCGCGGCAUGGUCAGACUCGCGUCGUCAUCGGAAACGAAGAGAGCUGAUGGAGAUGCCUCAGUACGGGAAGCUUCUGCGGAGUCUUCGACGUGCACUGGUGGCAAGUCAGGCCUGCAGUGUUGAAACUCUGGCUGCAAUGACACUUCUUGAACGCACGAGCAAGCUCUUCGAUGGAGGGAGAUAUGCAGAUUUACAUCUGAAAGGGAUCAGAGAAGCCCUUAUAAGAAGAGGGCUGCCGAAGCUUGAGGAUCCGCUUGAGAUCGCGGUUACAAACGAAAUUCACGGGCUUCUGUUGCGUGAUCCAACUAGGAGUGGAGAGAACGAUUUCAUCAGGACCUCGCCUUGGAAGGAGGCAUUCGACCAAUGUGCAGAAGAACAGUCAUCUACCUCGGACGUGCGGCCCUUUUUGGUAAACGACAUGCUGCUUCUUCAUAAAUACAUCAGAAGUCUCGCUCCUCUGUAUCAUGAUUUUGGGCGAAUAUAUUCCGACCCAUUUAGCCAAGGCAUGACACGACUUGCCGUUUCUAUUCGCCAAAGACUGCAGGACAUGAAGGACUCGACGCUGCGAAUGCAAGAAGACUCACUGGAGGCCGAUGCUGGAGGAGACAAGGUGACUAAGGAGCCUUAUGGAAAGAACCUCAUGAUGGGUAAAAAGUCGUACUUCAAGUCUGUGCUACUUGCGGCCCUAUACCAACGGAUGCUCAUGUGCCACCUGGUUCCCCUGCGGAUGGUAUAUGAGAUGAGCGUCGUGUACGGGACGCCAGACCCGGAGAUCUUCAACGAGUUCAGAGAGGUAAGCAUUGGGAUCUGGAAUGCGAUUCCUCAACUGCGGGCUUUGGAGGCGAUCGUGGCAAUUUACACGAUUCAUCCCGCCUGUCUCGGUUACGAGGAUGCAAUCAAGGAUGAAAGGCAUGAUGAUUAUGAAUCCGCCUGGGAUAUGGACAGCUCCCUUUGUCGGUUCCCGGAGGAUCGGGAAGCAUUGAAUCUCGCGAUUGCAGAACGGAGCAAACCAACAAUAGGGCGUGUGGUCUAG